AUGUUGUGCGAAGCAGUCAAGGACUCAGAGCUUGCUAUUGUGGUAUUCUCCGAAAACUAUGCUGACUCAGAAUGGUGCUUGAAAGAACUGAUGGAAAUACUUCACUGCAGAAAAACUAAGGGAAUGGUAGUGAUACCCGUGUUCUACGAAGUGGAUCCAUCACACAUAAGAAACUGCACUUACAUUUACGGGAAAGCAAUGGAAAAACACAACGACAACGAAUCCAUCCAAGACUGGAAAGCUGCUCUCGAUGAAGCUGCCAGUAUAUCAACGAUGGAGUUCCAUCUUUUUCUCUUCCUAGCUCUUUGA